GUUUGGCUGUAGAUCGCCAUUUCCACUUCGAGAAGUUUCGAAGGCCGCCAGAUGAGUGCCGCCGAUGUCGACAUGGAGACCUCGUCCAGUGGUGGCAUUGAUGAGAGCUUGUACAGCCGUCAACUCUACGUCAUGGGGCACGAAGCACAACGCCGCAUGGGUGAGUCGAACGUCCUCAUCGUCAACGUGGACGGUCUCGGCGUUGAAAUCGCAAAAAACAUCGUCCUUGCUGGUGUGCGCAGUGUCACGUUGUUCGACGACGCCCCUGCAACAUUCAUGGACCUGUCGUCCCAAUUUUACCUCACAGAGCAAGAUGUUGUGACUCAUUCGGGGCGUGCCGAAGCGAGUUGUCAAAAACUCGCUGACUUGAAUCCAUACGUCCAAGUGAAGAAACACACGGGAAAGCUCACCCCCGAAUUCCUUGCUGGUUUCCGAGUGGUCGUUGUCUGCAACUCUACGCGUGCAUAUGCCCUUGAGCUCAGCGACGUCUGCCAUUCCGAGGGUGUCGCGUUCGUCUACACGGAAGCUCGUGGUGUAUUUGGCUCUGUAUUUUGCGACUUCGGCGACGCCUUCGUAGUGUCCGACAAAGAUGGGGAGCAACCGAUCACUUGCAUGGUGGCGUCAAUCACGAGCGAUGUAGCAGGUAAAUUGCUAGUCACCGUCACGGACGACGCGCGCCAUCAACUCGAAACGGGGGACUUCGUGACUUUCCGCGAGCUCGAGGGUGCGGACUGUUUAAACGGCAUCACACCUCUCCCCAUCACCGUCACUGGUCCUUUUACGUUCACUAUCGAUUUCCCAAGCCCUGUGACCUCCAUGGGCGGCUACGUUACGCAAGUGAAGCAACCGCUGACUUUACGCUUCAAGCGUCUGAGGGAGUCUUUGGCCUCCCCUGGUGAAUUCCUCACGAGUGACUUUGCUAAGUUCGGACGGUCCGAGCUGCUUCAUGCUGCUUUCCAAGGGUUGGAGGCAUUUCGAGGCCAACAUGGCGGACAAUUGCCCACCUCCGGCAACACCAAACAUGCCGAUGAAGUCCUCCGCUUAACCAAGCCAUUUGCUGACGCUAUCAAGACUGAAGUGGACGCCAAAGUGGUGGCGGCGCUGUCGACGGGGGCUCGCGGGGUCGUUGCCCCUAUCACGUCUUUCUUGGGUGGCAUCGUUGGCCAAGAGGCGUUGAAAGCCUGCAGCGGCAAGUUUACACCGAUCCACCAGUGGUUCUACUUUGACGCGAUCGAGUGUUUGCCCGUCGAACAGUUGCCAGAAAGCGAGUUUCAACCGGUGAAUUCGCGCGACGACGGGCAAAUUGCAGUGUGGGGCCGUUCUUUCCAGGAGAAGCUCCAUCAACUUCGACUGUUUUUGGUCGGGGCCGGCGCAAUCGGGUGCGAAAUGCUCAAGAACUGGGCGCUGAUGGGCCUUGCAACCCACGAAAGUGGUCGCAUCCACCUCACCGACAUGGACCUGAUUGAAAAAUCGAAUCUGAACCGCCAGUUCCUCUUCCGGUCGACCGACGUCGGGCAACCCAAGUCGUCGACGGCAGCGACGGCGAUCCGUUUCAUCAACCCAAACGUCCACAUUCAAGCUUACGUGACUCGCGUGGGAGCGGAGAGCGAAACCAUCUUUGACGAUGCGUUCUACGACUCGCUCACGGGCGUGUGCACUGCAUUGGACAACGUUGAUGCUCGGCUGUACAUGGACCAGCGCUGUCUCUUUUAUGGCCUCCCGAUGCUCGAGUCGGGCACCCUCGGCACCAAGGGCAAUACGCAAGUGGUCGUUCCAAGCCUUACUGAGAACUAUGGCGCAUCCCGAGAUCCCCCCGAGAAGAGCAUUCCUAUUUGCACACUCAAGAACUUCCCAAACGCCAUCGAACACACUCUCCAGUGGGCGCGCGACUGGUUUGAAGGCGUCUUCUUCCAAACACCCAACGACGUGAACGCUUACAUUACGACGCCGGACUUUGUGGCGAAGAAUGUCCAUACGGACGCGUUGGAGCGCGUGUACCAGUCCCUCGUCGCUGACAAACCCAAGACCUUCCAUGACUGCAUUGCGUGGGCGCGCCUUCAGUUCGAAGCCAUGUUUUCCAAUUCGCUCAAGCAAUUGCUGCACAACUUCCCGUUGGACCAAGUGACGACGUCCGGCGCGCCGUUUUGGUCUGGCCCGAAGCGCCCGCCUACCCCGCUGACGUUUUCGACAGACGAUCCCGUCCACAUGGACUUUAUUGUGUCGGUUGCCAACAGCCGCGCGAUCACAUAUGGGCUCGCUGGCCACCGCAAUCGAGCGGACAUUGUGAAGGCCCUCCGUGGUAUUGAAGUGCCUCACUUUAUCCCUCGAGACGGCGUGAAAAUCGCAGCCAACGACGAAGAAAUGAAGCAAGGGGAGCAGCAGACUAACACAGUCACGUCCGCCCCACCACCGCUUCCGUCGCCGGCAGAACUCGGCGCGUACCGCAUGACGCCGAUCGAGUUUGACAAAGAUGACGACAGUCACAUGGAAGUGAUCGUAGCCACGUCCAACUUGCGUGCGCGGUCGUACAAGAUCAAAGAAGCAGACUUGCACUCGUCUCGCUUCAUCGCGGGCAAGAUCAUUCCAGCCAUUGCCACCACCACUGCUCUGGUCACGGGGUUGGUGUGCCUCGAAUUGAUCAAGUUCGUCCAAAAGAAGCCCCUGGAAGCAUUCAAGAACGGAUUUGUCAACUUGGCCCUCCCGCUCUUUGCGUUCUCCGAGCCGAUCGCGCCAAAAGUGACCACGUCGAUGCUCCACAACGAGCCGUACAAGUGGACCGCGUGGGACCGCUUGGAAAUGAACGUUGGCGACGUCACGCUGCACGAGUUCCUCAAACACUUUGAGAAACAGUACGGCGCUGAAGUGUCGAUGCUGUCGUACGGCGUGACGAUUCUGUACGCCAUGUACUCGGCCAAGUCGCGGUCCAAGGAGCGCAUGAACAUGAAGCUGUCGGAACUCGUGGCCACCAUCACCAAGACCCAACUCCCGCCCAAGCAGAAGUACCUCAUCUUGGAAGUGUGCGCGACCGACGCGGACGGAGAAGACUUGGAAUUGCCGUACAUUCGAUACCAGUACCGCGCGUAGUAGCAGCAACGCCGUUGCAACGAAUGCCAACACCUUUUAUAAAAUCCGUGUGAAAUUGCUUGAGCAAUUUUCCAGUGCAUAA